AUGGAGGUGGAGGCGCUGCAGGCCAUCCUCAUGGACGACAUCAAGGAGAUCGACCCAAGUGAGAGUGGGAUCGCCACCACCGCCCGGUGCUUCCAGAUCCUACUCUCUCCUCAGGAUGAUGAUUUUGACGAGUCAGCUUAUGUCCCAGUUCAACUGGCCCUGAUUUUUGCGCACACUGAGAAGUACCCUGAUGAACCUCCGCUACUGAAUGUCAAAAGUGUACGAGGGAUUAAACCACAUGAUCUUACAUCCCUGAAGGAAAAGCUUGAGCAAGAGGCAACAGAGAAUCUUGGCAUGGCUAUGGUCUACACUCUUGUUUCAUCAGCCAAAGAGUGGCUAAGUGAGAAAUAUGGUCAGAAUGGUGGUGAUGAGGAACCUGAAGAAACUGAAGCGGAAGAAGAGGAGGUUAUUAUACCACAUGGUGAAGCUGUUACUGUGGAGAGCUUUCUGGCUUGGAGAGAACGUUUUGAAGCUGAGUUGGCCUUACAGCGUGCUAAACUUAUGCCAGAUUCAGCUCUUACAGCCCCAAAGGAAAAGAAACUCACAGGACGGCAGUAUUUUGAGAGUGGAAGGCAUGCAGUGAAAGGAGCAAGCACAGUUGCUGAUGAAGAUGAAGAAGAGGAGGAAGACAUUGAAUUCGAUGAUGAUUUUGAAGAUGAUGAAGAGGACAUGCUUGAGCAUUAUUUAGCCGAACAAUCAGGGAAGUCAACAGCUUAA